GGAAGUAACUGGCUGAGGGGAGCCGGGGAGUCUCAACAUGGCGGCGGGGGCGGAGACGUUCUCCUUGAGGGAAGUGCUGGUGGCGUUCACAGCCUGCGUCAGCGAGCAGCGGGAAGUCCGCGUGGACCCGUACCUGGCGGGCUGGAAAGGCCUGGUCCGGUUUCUGAACUGCCUGGGCACAAUUUUCUCCUUCAUUUCUAAAGAUGCAGUGACCAAAAUAGAGAUCAUAGAGAAUUACCGUAAUAGUGACCAGCGAGAAAAGUACUUGACUGUUCAAUCCAUGGUGGAGUAUGAGCUGGCUAAUGGUCUGGUUGAUCUCCAAAAGCGAUCCGAGCACCCUGACUCAGGCUGCAGAACCUUCUUGCGCCUCCACCGAGCCCUUCACUGGCUGCAGAUGUUCUUGGAAGGACUGAGGACUGGCGAGGACAAUUCCAAAACCUCCGUGAUCUGUUCAGAGACAUACAAUGCUUCCUUGGCUAACUAUCAUCCCUGGAUUAUUCGCAAGGCUGCUGGGGUGGCUUUUUGUGCCUUACCUACUCGAAAUACAUUCCUUGAAACCAUGAAUGUGGGCACAGCUGAAGAGGCUGUGGCUAUGCUGGGGGAAGCUUUGCCCUAUAUCUGUGAAGUCUAUAAAAUCACAGAGGAGCUCUAUGCCCAACAUAAACUGCUUGACCUCCCCUAGUGUAGGGGAUGUUUGAUUAGAAUAUCUCAAUGUUGUGAUUGCUGGAAGAGUUCACUGUAUUGGGGGGGUGGGGGUGGCACUCAUGUCAAUAAGUGGUUAUUUGCACUAGAGACUGGAUUCUCUUCUUCUCCCCCAUGUCUCUAGUAGAGCUCAUAAAUAAUCUGAUUGGUACUCUUGGCCUUUUAAAAGAGAGCUGAUUUAAUUCUUGGCUCCCCUUUUAUUAGAAGAAAUUUGGAGUAAACAUUCCAAAGCCCAUAUUAGCUUGUUUAAACUUAAAGGAUUUAUCACUUUUCUCUGCACUGAACUUCUUUUUCAAAACUUUAUCAGGUCUUUAUUCUUUGUAAAAGCCAAACAAAGCACCCAGCCACGAGUAAUAACUUAAUCUUUGUAGCUCCAAUGCCUUUAAACAAAAGUAAUGAGGACUCUCCCUUUGUCCUACUCGUGAUAAUGCUAAAAUUCAGCUCAGGGUUGGAACCUCUUGCUGUGAUAUUGUAAGGCCUGUGUACAGAUGCCACUCAUGGCCAUUCAGCCACUUGUUCUCUGUUUGGGUUAGUAAGGCAAUGUAUGUUACAGGGCCUUGGUAUUUUGAUGCACUGCAAAGCAGGCCCCUUGGAAAUUAUGAUGCUUUCUCUCAGAGUGAGCAAUUGAUUGCAGAUCUCCUUCAUGGCAGCUGGUCAUCACUUGCAAUGGAUAAUACUUCCUGCCCUUUCUUCUCCCACUCAUCCUCACAAAACCUAAAUGGUGUGGAGGUGUGGUAUAAGGAUACAUUCCCUCCACACACCCCGUCCCCCCACUUUUGUGUGAGGCUGUUGAAAUGGGAAGGCCCUUUGUUAUUUUCUCCCUCUUCCCCUCCCCCCCCUGUUUUGUUGCUUGGCACCAUGCCUUUUGGGGUGGGGAAUAAUCUUUAGUGCAAACUGCACAGUACUGAAUCGCAGAAUAAUUCAGAGCUUUAUGGAUGUUGAGACUACAGUUACAGAAAUUUAUCCCUGGAGUAGACUCUAGGAAAUAAAGGGAAUGCUAAAAGCCUAGAGAAAUGAAGUCCUGCUGGCUGGGUUGGGUAAUUAUGAUUUUAUGUGUAGUACAAAUCAGUGUUUGCUGAAGCUUAAUGCCUUCCAGUCCAAAUCAGUCGUAAGCUUUAAAAGAAGAGUAAAUCUUCAUGCAUGUGGUAAGUGUAAAAUUGUUUUAGCAAGAAUUCCUAUAUAUGUUGUCUAUAUAAUAGUUGUAUACAUAGGAAGAGGUAUGCAAGCUGGUUAUAAAAUAAUGAAUUGUACUUUAUCAGAUAUUUUCAAAAUUUAUCUUUCACAACACUGCAUGGAUAUUUCAGAAAGAACACUAAUACCACGGCUGUGAAACUAUUUCAAGACAACGUUCAUGCCUCUCACACUGUGCCCCUGUACAUUUUAUUAACACUAAUAAAGUGAUCUAGAUAAUCAAAGACAUUUAAAUGGCCAGUAAGGCCACAGUGCUGGAACUGUAAAAGCAGCAAAGAAUCCUGUGGCACCUUAUAGACUAACAGACGUUUUGGAGCAUGAGCUUUCGUGGGUGAAUACCCACUUCCUCAGAUGCAACUGAGUGCUGGAACUGAGUAUUACCUCAAGGGUUUGACCUAGCUAGCCACACUACUCUCCCUUAAAUUACGCUAAUAACUUGCCUUCAAAAAGUGGUGGUGUACAGAAACGCCUGCCUUUCUCAGGUCUUUGAAGGCAUAGGAUCUUGGGUCUCGUACAUUCAGGAUGGUUGCUUAAUUAGCCAUUUGGCUAGUGAUCAGAAAUGAGACCCAAUAAAUUUAAACAACAGAUUCUAAACACAUCUGCAGCAUGCAUCUCUGUAGAUCCUGCAGAUCAGAAUCUGUGCAUAGAGUAUUUCUUAGCUUGAGGAUCAGGAAAGGAGGGUUUUCACCCCCAUCUGAUCCAAGGAUGGAUGUUUACCCACAGUGAUUAAAAGAUAUUUAUGCCUCUAGUAUAGCUCUGUGAAAUGUGCCAUUUUCCUUCCAUGUUAAGAUAUUAAUUUAGAAAAGCCCCUUUUAAACUUACUAUAACUUUCAAAAUGCUGUUUACACUCAAUGCCAUGGGGUAGAUCCCCCACAUAUUAAGACAAUUCAGGUAGCUCAGUGUUCCGAUGUAAUAAAUACUUGCUAUUUUUUGUUUUGUUUUAGCUAAAUGAGUUUGCUUUCUGGUCAGAUGUUGGUAUUUCAUCUAAAAUGUGGUGUUGCAUAUUUUGUGUACGAUUAAAAUAUUGUAUGAAAUUUAAGUAUCUUGCACUACAUAUGAUGUGAAAAAGCUGUAUGUAUCGUAAGUAACAUUUGCAUAAUGCCUUUGUUCCAAGGGUUUAAUAUAAAAGGGAGAAACA